AUGAAGUACUCCGUUGCCGCCCUUGUCCUCGCCGCCGGCGUCAUGGCCAACAAGAACGUCACCUACGUUACCGAGGUCGUCUCUGCCUACACCACCUACUGCCCCGCCCCCACGGUCAUCACCCACGCCGACAAGACCUACACCAUCACCUCGGCCACCACCCUGACCAUCACCGACUGCCCCUGCACCGUCACCAAGCCCGUCCUGACCUCCUCCGUCGUCAAGUGCGACAACGGCAACUGCGCCGUCCCUACCGGCAAGAACGGCACCGCCCCCGUCGUUCCCCCCGUUGUCACCAAGACCGCCCCCGCCGGCACCGCCCCCGGCGCUGUCACCCCCACCAAGCCCGCCACCGUCCCUACCGCCGGUGCCGGCAAGGCCGCCGCCCUCUCUGGCGCCGGUCUGGCCGGUGUCCUCGGUCUCGCCGCCUUCGUCCUCUAA